CCCGGCCGCUCCGCCCCCCGCCGGCUCCCGCUGCAGGGCUGGGCGAUGCCGGAGCGGCUCCCGCGGCGGCGGCUGCGCUCACCUGGGCCGGCCGGAGAAGCAGGUGGGGGCCUCGGCGCUGCUGCGGCGCGGGACCGGCCAGGAGCCAAGAGCGAGGAGCGGCAGGGAUGGCGCUCCACCGGACCCAGAAGCUGAACCUCUUGCGCCUUGUGGUGCUUCUGACCAUAGUGCUGGCAGCGAUCAAGUUUUUCUACCGGGACAGUUUCAUGCUGAAUCGACAUGAGUCCACCAGAGACAAUAGUUUCUGGGGCAAGGCUAGCGAUCUCAAGCAGUCAGCAGAGCCUCAGGGCCGGAACGUGGAUCUCUCGGAUGUCAAGGUGGUGGCAGUUGCAGCCGCCGCCGCCAGACAAGACACAAAGAAAAAGCCUCUCCACGAUUUCAGCUCCACGCAGUUGCGGCUGGUUCACCUGGACCUCAAGGGGGCAGCUCCAAAAGUAUCCUACCUGGAGCAGGUCUUCCCACUUUUCUCCAAGUUGGGUGCCAACGGGGUCCUGGUUGAGUACGAAGACAUGUUUCCCUUCAAGGGAGACCUAGAGAUCCUCAAGUCUCCCUACGCUUACAGCGAAGAAGAUAUUGAUAAGAUCCAGGAGCUGGCUGAGCUGAACAAACUGGAGCUCAUCCCUUUAGUGCAGACCUUUGGACAUGUGGAGUUCAUCCUGAAGCAUGACAAAUACCGGCACCUGCGGGAGGUGGAGCGUUUCCCCAACAGCUUCAACCCGCACGUCCCAGAGACUCUGGCCCUCUUGAAGUCUGUGCUGAUCCAAGUCUUGAACAAGCACCGCCGAGCCAAUUGGGUGCACAUCGGGGCUGACGAGGUCUUCCAUUUAGGAGAAGGGAUGGAUUCCAAGAACUGGAUGAGCCACAACGCCGGGGACACAGGCAAGAUGUACCUGAACCACAUCCGGGAGGUGGUCAGCUUCAUCGCUGGCCCGGCCUGGGGGCUGCAAGCGCUCCUCUGGGAUGACAUGCUGCGGAAAGUGGACGUGGCGGCCAUUCAAGAGUCUGGCAUUGCCAAACACGCUUCUCCUGUGCUGUGGUUUUACGCCCCGGACUUUGAUACGCAACAAAUAGGAAAACACAUUGCCAAGUACGCAGAGUGUGGCUUCAAAGCCGUCUGGUUCGCCAGCGCCUUCAAAGGCACCACAGGCCCUGCCCAGGCUUGGACCCCCUUGAACCAUCACCUGCAAAACCACCUGAGGUGGCUGAAGGUCAUCCAGUCCAUGCCCAAGACGCCCUCCGUCCGGUUCCAAGGCAUCGUCCUCACUGGCUGGCAAAGGUAUGACCACUAUUCAGCCCUGUGUGAGCUGCUGCCCGUGGGGAUCCCAUCGCUUGCGGUGUGUCUGCAGACUCUGGUGAAUGGGGGAUUCACUGAAGCAACCAAGAAGAAGGUCCUAUCCAUGCUGGGCUUCCAGAACAUGCAGUUGGAGAAGAGCAUAUGUGAAGGGAACGGUGCAUUUCCGGCCUCUGACAUCUACCGAAUGGUGGAGCAAGUCACCAGCCAGCUAAGAGACUCUGUCCUCAAAGUCCUGGAUGAAGAGAGCUCCGUCAAGGGAUGGUUCAACCCUUACCAUCGGAAGCACCAGUUUGGCAACCCUCGCAACUUGGAGAGUUUUGGCAGCAAAGUCCUCAAAGUGCACGAGGACUGGGAGGGCUUCAUCCAGACCCUCCGUUCCCACAUGGAGAGCGUCUACUUCCCUGACACGGUGGAGGAAUGGAUGGAAGAAAACGUCAACCCCCACCUGGACCGCUUGCGUGAGUUUGUCCGGGACUUCAAGGAAGUGAUCCGCCUCAACGCCCGGCCCAAGACCCUCUAAGGGAUCUUCGGCCUCUUCCCGUGGCCAGAAGGCAGCCCAGAAGCGGGUGCCUGACUCACUGGCUCCACGGUCGCAUUGUCUUUCAACUUGGCAGGAACGGGGCGCACGGGGCUCACGGGGCCUGCUCCCCUCUGCCAUCACAGCAGACAUUCAGUGGGCGAAGUUUAUUUCCCCAUUGUUGUUGCUGUUACGGAAUUAGGGAGGAGGUGGGGGCUGUUUGCAGCACAUCCCCACCAGGGCUGCCUCUCCCCACCCGAAAGGAUUUAGCAAAUAAGCCAAAAACAGUACUGAGCUUACAUUUCCCAGCACUGUUUGCUGAAUGGUGCCGCUUCCCACCCUUGUUCGGAGGCAAAGACUCUGCGGGGCUAUGGGUGACAUUCAGUGCUAGUCCUUACUCAGAGUAGACCCGUUGAAGUUAAUUAAUAAUCUAAGUUAAUAAUUUCUGAUAACUUUAGUGGGUCUACCUUGAGUAGGGACUAGGAUCGGGGACAACCCCAUUCCAGCCACUCUUUUUGGAGGGGCAGGAGAAAUUCUAAUAGUAGGGGGAGGCGGAGUUUUCGCUGGGAAAAGCUUUGGUGGCAGUGGCUCCCCCCCAAAAAACACACCCCGCAACAGCAUUGUGGUGACAGAGCUGCUCUCUGUGACCCGGGGGCUACUCUCCCACCCCCAAAAUGAGGAGGUACCUGUAGACUGAAGGUCACUAUACCUGAUCUAGUAAUUUGCAGUGGGGCAGGGGCAGGGUGGGGGGCUUACUAGGAAAUCCAGCGGCUGCAACAGGUUCUCCUGUUUCUUUUUCUUCCUUUUAAAUAAUAAUCCUUCCCCUCCUCUGUGCCCCCCUUUCAGUGGCUCUAACCCCCUGCAGUUAUGUCCCCUGCAAAUUACUAGAUCAGGGAUUGCCAAGGUGGGGCCCUUUAGAUGUCGUUGGGACUCCCAAUUCCCACCAGCCACAGCCUGCGUAGGCAAUAGCCAGGGAUUAUGGGAGUUGGAGCCAGUGGCGGCCAGUGGCUCCAUGGCAGUGGGAUCCAUUCCAGGUUUUAGUCUGUACUUUCAAGGAGCUGUCCAAGGUGCCGCGGCUCCAUGUCAGUGGGGCAGUGGAAUCCGCUCCAGGUGUUAGUCCGAACAGCUCCUUGAAACUCCAGACUAAAACCCGGAGCAGAUUUCACUGCCCCGCUGACAUGGCUUGGAGAGCUCCUUGAAAGUUCAGACUAAAACCUGGAGUGGAUUCCACUGCCUUACUGGCAUGGAGCCACCAACCGCCCCUGCUGCAGGCCCUCCCAAGCCUCACCUUUCAAAAAUCCCUUCCUGUCAUGCUGGCUGGGGCUGAUGGGAGUUGCAGUCCAAAACGUCUGGAGGGCCCCAGGUUGGUGAAGGCAAUGUUAGACGUGCAGAAACUAGCCCUGUCGUCUUUCGCAACCGGAUUGCUAAAAGGGCCAGAAACGCCGGAGGCUCCCCAGAGGCUGUUAAAGAAGCUGGUCCAUUGCCCGAAAGGCACGCAGGAAACUCGUCCCCCCAAACCUCCCUACCCUGCCACCUCUGCUUUUUGCUAGUCCCUGGUUGCAGGCAGGUAAGAGGGUUCCUGCACGGGCCGCUUGGGAACGAAGCAAGCGGACCUCGCUUUUUAACAAUGUCCAGCUGCUGGCUCGGUCUCAGAGUGUAGCAGAACAAGAGAGAGAAAAGCUGCCCCACUUUGAUUCCUACCAAACGCUGGUGGUGUGUGGGCUCCUCUGCACCUUGAGCGGAGUGAUGGAUGCGUCUUGAGCGCCCCCUGCUGCUGGUGCUGCCACCUCAGAGUCUCCCCAGAGACGAGGCUGGCUUGCUGUCGAGAUCUCCAGAAAAAUGGUCUCUUUGCAGAGGGAGGGAAGGAGCUAGCAGCCCUCCAGAGCCCCUAUGAAUGUGCUUCUUGCAUGCUGCUUCCAGCUGUUUGCCCAAUUUCACCUGCUCUCGGUCUCAUCCUGACUGGGCUGUUUCUUCUUUUUUUCUCCAAAAUGCAGCUGACACUCUUGAGCCAUGCUGCCUUCUGGAGAAAAGAGCAUAUUUUUUCCUCCAUUCCCCCCCCCCCGCACUGUGGACUCUGCUGUUCUGGCAUUGCUCUGGUGACUGACAGCUGUCUGUCGCCCCUCCGAGAAGGUGGGAUUUCAGUUGCUUGUGGAUCUGGUUUUGGUUGGACAUCUCCCAGUUAUGUUGCUGCUUGGGAGUUUUGUUUUGUACAGAACGGAUUGCUUCUGUAAUGUGGAUGAUGAAGAUGAUUAUGGUAAUAAUAAUAAUAAAGUAUUUUUGUAAAGAAA